AUGCCUGCGGCUGCCCCCCGGGCACGGCGCGCCGCCGCGCGGGCCCACGGCCCGGCCGCACCACCCCCACCUCCGUUAUCCCCCGCCAAACGUGGCCGCCCCCCGACGGCCAACAGCUCCGCACCGACCAGCAGCCCCAUCCCCCGGACGCCCGAGCGUGACACCACAGGCCAGGCAGGCCCCCAACAAUCCCCGUCCAAACGGAGCCGCACCAUUGAGGAGCUGACUACCCCCUCUAUGCCCCCGGCCUUAAGCACGACGACCACCGGCUUUAACGGCGACACCGCGGCGCCGGCACCACUCACCACCUUUAUCCCCCCCGAUGUCGCCGUUAUCUGCGGUAUUGCGGAAGCCCACGCUACCACCGCCACCGCCGCCUUGUUAAUUGUAUACCGGGCCGACCCUUACGUCGGGGCCUCCCUUGAUACGGUCCUUUAG